AUGUCCUCAGAUCGUGAAUCUGAAGCUGGAACCGUCCAGUUUCAGUUCUCUGAUUCCAUUGUUCCUUCAGUUAAGGAUCCAAUCGCCACAAAAGUUCUCGUCAAACGGCUAUCGAAACUUGCGAAACAACUUGCCGCCUUGGAAGAAUCCUCGGUUGAUUUGAGGUCUUUGACAUCAAUUACCAAAGAUAUCGUAUCUCCGAAACUUUUACGUCACAAUGAUUACGGCGUGCAAUCAUAUACUGCCCUAUGUGUUUUAGAAAUCUUGUGGAUCCAUGCCCCAAAUGCCCCAUUCACCGCAUCGCAACUUACAGAAAUCUUCAAGUUAUUCACCAAGAUUGUCAAAACUUUGGCGUUACCCCCAGACUCUUCUGGUUAUUUCCCUCAGAAUCUUGCGGCAAUGACUAAAUUAGCAGAAACUAGUUCCAUCAUUUUGAUGACCGAUUUACCCAAAGCAGAUCAAUUAACAGAAACAUUUUUCAAGGUAUGUUACGAAGAGGUUGGUAAAUCCAAGCACUGCUCGAACCGCCUUAUCGCGGUGAUUUCUGAUAUUCUUAGUGGGAUUGUAUCAGAAACCGAAGUCCUCUCUCAAAACAUUUUGAAAAUGAUCCUUAGUAAGUUUCUCAGCAACGCUCACAAGACCACUAACGGCUCCAACAACAUCGGUGCCAUCAUGAUCAAUAACCCGGGGUUUGAAUUUACCCUUGCCAUUUGCGAAAACAACAUCGAACGGAUGGGCCGUCAAGUAGCAAAAUUUCUAUCAGAAGAGCUUUAUGAAAACUCCUCGUAUGGCAUAAAUAACGAUAACGACGAUUCUGAUGAAGAAAACCUCGAUUUCAAACGACGGUCCCAACAUCUCGAUGCCAUAUCCAUGAAAAAUCUCGUCAAGCUACAUCGUCUAAUUGAAGAGAUUUGGAAAUACGUUCCUCAGCUAUUAUCCUCAGUGAUGGGGCUACUUGACGCCGAGCUUGUGGCGGAUAAUGAUAAAAUCCGUAUUUUAUCCACAGAAACCAUAGGCAGGAUUCUUGAGUAUCAACCAUCAAAACUCAACUUCCUCACAACGCAUCAUGAAACCUGGAUCAACUGGUCAAAGAAGAUAUUGGAUGCGUCACCUUUAGUGCGGUGUAAAUGGGUACAAACCGCUACUAAGGUACUUAAUUCCCGUUUUGAUAUGGUCACCGAAAUCUCUAAUGGUAUUGUUAAAGCCUUGAUCGAUACCGAUGAGAAAGUCCGACUAACUGCUGUUAAAUCUGUAAAAGAAAACACUUCCCAAACUAUUUUUUCCGGGAAGUUCAAUCACAAUCUCACAAUAAUGAACACUUUGGGGCAACUUGCAAGAGAGAGAAACUUAGAAAUCCGCAAUGAUUCCAUUUACUUGCUAGCAGAAUUUUAUGACCACAAGUUUUCAGAUCUUAUAGAAGAAGAGGCGGAAAAAGAAGAUAUUGAAGAAGAAGUUACCCAAGAAGAGGGCAAUAAUAAUACUUCGACAACAACAACAACCUCUAGCCUUUGUAAGCUCAUUGGUUGGAUCCCAGAUCAUCUCAUCAAUCUUGUUUAUAUCAACUCUAAAGAAAUUAAUGCUACUCUUGAUACUAUUCUUGUGGAUAAAAUCUUCACUUUAGAAAACUCGGCCACUCAACGUGUGAAAAGAUUCCUCUAUAUUGUUUCUAAAUUGGGGCAAAAGGCCAAAAUUGCCCUUUGGGCAAUCAAUCAGCGACAGGUUCAACUUUCUGGAGGCAUUUCCACAUAUCUUAAGUUGGUUGAACGGUAUCAUUCUCCAGAAUAUUCCGCUAGCCGUUCUAGUAUUGAACUGAAACUUGAGACCGCCAUUAAUUGGAUUAUCAGCGGUCUUCCAGAUGCGUUUAAUGCGUUUAAUGUACUUGUACGAUUUGCCCAACUUGAUAACAAGCGCAUGGUUAAUUUGGUGAGGUUAUGCGUGGCGCCCGAAAAUGCCAUUGAAACCAUCAAAAACUCGUUCAAAGAGCUUUUUAAUAAGCUUGGUGAUAACAAAGUGAUUGCGAGACUUGAUCGUGAUGGUGACGACGAAAUCGAUCUUGAUGAAUCUGUCUGGGAAAAUUCAUUCCACGUCACCACCAGGGAAAUGGUUGAUACUUGGAAGCUUUUAUUAUAUCGUUCAGCAGUGAUUUAUUACAAUAAAUCGAAUAUUGGGCCAUUAAUGUUACGUGCCAAAGAAGGGGAUAAAACCGCAGUGGAUGUGGCCCAACAAGUGGCUUCCACGGUUCCAAAAGUGUUUGAAUCACAUAUCGAUGAGCUUGUGAAGUUGGUUAUCGAAGCUUCUCCCGUUGAUGAAUUCGGUGAUAAGGAAAACACUAAUGCUUUCGCCACCCCACUAUCAUCGCCAACUAAACCCCUAAGGAAGAAAAAAGCCACCGUCAAAGCCGAUACGUUGGUUAACAUUUUGAAAGCAAUUUACUAUUUUUUUGCAAGAUACCCGAAAUAUUUCCCCAAAGAAAAUUCUCAAUUUGCUGAAGCGUUGGCGAAUAUUUGCUCCACGGGGACUCCUUUUGAAGCCAAGUACAGUAUUAAACUUCUUGCGCUUUUUGAAACGGAGGCGUAUGCUAGUGGCAAUUUAUUAUCGGCGAAUUAUUACACUGAGUCAAUAUUACAAUCAAUAUUGCCGCUUGAUUCUCAUAAUCCACAAUUUGCAUCACAUUUAUCGAUUAUAUCGGAAUUAUUCCUUUUGAAGCCGAGUGUUAUUGAAACUGAUACUUCUGAAAUCACCAAUUAUCUUAUCAAGGAAGUGCUUUUGAAUAAUGAAUUAAUUAGUGAUGAUGAGAAAAAGCGUGAUAAUAAUGAGGAAAAUAAUGGUGAUGAAAAUAAUGAUACAAAAAACAAUGAUACUAAUAAUAAUAAAGACUUAUGGAUCACUGAUGAAGAUCUCGAAGCAGGGAAAUUCAAUGCUUGUUAUGCAAAGAUUCUCGCAUUGAGAAUUUUUGUGAACCGGCUCACCGCCCUCGAUCGAGACAAUAAAGAUAUUGAUAAUACCACAUUGGCAAAUAUGGUGUUGAAGCUUCUUGUUUCUUGUAUUGGUAAUGGUGGGGAGCUUGUUGGGGAAAGCAUUACCCCGACCCCAGCGCCAGUUCAAUCGCGGCUUCGUCUUGCUGCGGGGUUGAUGUUAUUGAAACUUUCUAAAGUCCCAACUUAUAACCGUAUGCUCAAACCACAAACCAUUUCUCACUUGGUGCUUCUUGUGCAAGACGAGAACCCGAAGGUUCGUGCUGAGUUUGCUGGGUCAUUACAAAACUACUUGAACCACGAAACCAUUUCCCAAAGGUAUCUCCCAUUAAUAUUCUUUAUGGCGCAUGAACCUGAUUUGGCACUACGCAAGACUGCUAAGACGUGGAUUCGAUCGUCUUUUGCAAGGGAAUCCACUAAAGGUGGGGAGGAAAUCUUGUUUGAAAAAUCCCUUGUCCGAUUACUCCACAUGGUGGCGCAUCACCAAGAGUUCAUUGACGUGAUCAAUGAAGCGUAUCAGAAUAACACCAGUGGAGAAACCUCGACCGACUCCAAUGAAGCUUUGUUUAAGGCUUUUGGGUUUGCGGUAAAAUAUGUGAUUUUCUACCUUGAUAGUGUCGCUACUAAAGAUAAUAUACUGCUUCUUUAUUACUUUUGCCAACGGAUAAAGCAAUAUCGUGAUGCCCUUAUAUCUGAUCUUCAUUAUGAUUUGGUGCCUCGUCCGACUCAUAUUGAUAACAUGUACCGAGUGGCUGACGUUGCUAGUUUGGCGGUCAAUUUGGUGGCAAGCAAGCGUAGUUGGGUAAUUCAAACGUUUCCAGGAAAACUUCAGUUACCUAAGGAUUUGUUUUCCCCAAUGAAAUCCCCUCAAGAGACCCAUGACGUUGUGGGCCAAACGUAUAUUCCAACGACGAUUUCCCGAAGCUUGGAAACGUUUAUUAAGAGCGAACUUGGGUAUACUCAAGUAGGUAACUCUAAGAAACGGUCUUUAGGAGCCGGAACAACCACAAAAACCACAGGAGCAGGAGCAGUAGCUGCUCCCCUUGCUAGAAAGAAAUUCAAACCUACGAAAACUUUAUCAAAAAAGAAGAAAGUGAAACAAGAACAGCUUCGACCAACCAGACGAAGCUCCAGGGUAAUACAAAAGAUCAACUAUGCUGAUUCAUCUUCGGAGCUGGGCGAAGAUGAUAAGGAGGAUGAUAUCCUAAGUUCGAGAAGUGAAUCCGAUGAAUGA